GAUGCCUGAGAGGAGGAGAAGGAAGAAGAUGUUUGAAGCCGUGUGCGCCUGCGCGAGGGCUGCUGCGGUGCAUGCUGGGCGCGGUCUCUCUCCUUCUCCCUGCCCCCCCUCCGUCCGCUUUCUUCCCGCGGUGACUGUGCACAUACCGGGCGAGUUGUUGCUUCUGUCGCUGCCGCCGGGAUGGUCGGGGUGAAGGUGAUCGCCAACGACGCGGAGUUCCAGAGUGAGCUCAGCGCUGCCGGCUCCCGGCUAGUCGUGGCUAAGUUCACCAUGAGGGGAUGUGGCCCAUGUUUAAGGAUAGCUCCUGCUUUCAAUGCUCUGAGCAAUAAAUAUCCCCAAGCGACCUUUUUGGAAGUUGAUGUGCAUCAAUGUCAGGGAACAGCUGCAACCAAUAAUAUAUCAGCAACCCCGACUUUUCUUUUCUUCCGCAACAAAGUGCGAAUCGACCAGUAUCAAGGUGCUGACGCUGUUGGAUUAGAAGAGAAGAUAAAACAGCACCUAGAAAACGAUCCUGGAAAUAAUGAGGAUACUGAUAUUCCGAAAGGAUACAUGGAUCUGAUGCCAUUUGUUAAUAAAGCUGGCUGUGAAUGCCUUAACGAAAGUGACGAACACGGGUUUGAUAACUGUUUACGUAAAGAUUCUACCUACCUGGAAUCUGACUGUGAUGAACAGCUGCUUAUUACGGUAGCUUUUAAUCAGCCUGUCAAGCUUUAUUCUAUGAAAUUUCAAGGGCCUGAUAAUGGUCAAGGUCCGAAGUAUGUAAAAAUGUUUAUCAACCUCCCUCGAUCAAUGGAUUUUGAAGAGGCAGAAAGAAGCGAACCCACUCAGGCCCUGGAGUUAACACCAGAUGAUAUCAAAGAAGACAGUAUUAUCCAGCUGCGUUAUGUAAAGUUUCAGAAUGUUAACAGUGUAACUUUAUUUGUUCAGUCCAAUCAAGGUGAUGAGGAAACGACGAGAAUUGCAUAUUUCACAUUUAUUGGAACACCAGUCCAAGCAACAAACAUGAAUGACUUUAAGCGGGUGGUAGGCAAGAAAGGAGAGAGCCAUUAAACUACAAGGAAAAAUACUGGAAGGCCUUAUUUCAACCAACAUGGGAUCUUCACAUUUAUCUCCAGCUCCUGGGAAAUUGCUUGACCAUAGCCAGAGAGACUGUCAGUCUGUUCCAUUUUAAUACCAUUACAAAUAAAUCACUGCAUUUUGUUAAUAUGGGAUUUCACUAAAAGUGUUCUCUGUUGUAAUCUUGGGACAUAAAUUUGUAAAUAAAAUUCAUUAAUUUUGCCAAA